AUGACGAGCAAUGAAGAAAGGAACGUUGUGCAGAGGGUGAUUGUUGGGCAUGGAAAGUAUCGCGAGUACCGUCUUUCAAACCACUUGUUUACGGAUAGGUCUCCACUUUGGCCGUCGAAACACGAGGUUGGAGAGCUGAUAGCUGAAAUUUUGAAAAGCAGAAAAUCAGAGAUCCAUGAGCUGAAGCGGAGGCUAAAAUUACUAGAAGAGUAUCUACUUGACUGGGUUUUAAUUGCAAAGGUUGUGAAUAGAAACAAUGAAAACUUCUUCCUGGAUGUUGUAUCAGCUUCGCCAGAGGAAAUAGCAAAGUUUGAGAAGGAGAACUUUGGAUCCAAACGCAGCUGGGCCAAACAUCGAGACGUGUCAGAACUAACCGAGAAGGAGAUCCAAGAGCUUCUCUCUUCCGAGAGCGAUGAUAAUAAAAGUUCCAAAGAGAAUGUUGAACAUUAUGAGUGGAUCUGUCGGAUGCUUUCAGUAUUAACAAGUUCGUAUUCGGAAAAUGUUAAUGAUGAACAAUGCAGUUCGGAAAUGUUCUGUGGGAGAGCGUGCACUGACAUUACUUGUGCGGAAGGAGUUUUGACAUAUUCAGGAUUAUGUCUGGAGAAUCCGGGAACCACUCGAGUGUUAGCAGAAGUGCAAGCAGAGAUUUCAGCCAAAGCGCCAAUAGAUGCAUCAAAAGUUGUAUUUCUCGCCGAAGAAGAUUCACCAGUCUUGGAACCAAAUAUUGAAGAUCCUCCAUCCCCAAUUUUGCGAACAGACAACGCAACUAAAGGCAGUAAACCAACCUCAUUAAGUGAUCAAGAUCUGGUCAAACCAAUUAUUCAAGAAACCAUUCCACCUAAACAAUUAGUGGAAAAAAGUGAUAGGGCUGCCGUCGUAGAAUUCGAUAAAGAGAAGGAUGCAACUGCGGAAAAGAAAUGCAACGGAGAAGUUAAGAAGAGACCGACGCCGACUAGUGAAUGCCAUUCUGAUAACGUCGUGAAAGAUUCGGUAGCGGGAGAAAAGAAAGGCGGUGAAGAAGAAAAUGAUGAAAACCAAUUAUCCCUAAAGAAUGAUACCUGUUCUGAAGUUUAUGUUGGUUCCGGUCCCGUCGAAAUUGUCCCUUUUUCAUUAUUAGUGCAGGAAUCUUUAUUGACUGGACAGCAUUCAUCUGCUGUACAGGUAGAAAACGAAGUCAGAAUCGAGGCUGAAGAUGAUCAGAAAAAGGUGGAAGUGACCGACAAGACUGAUUCUUCAAGCGACACGGCUACUCAAUCUCUUGAAUUGUCAUCUCCAGAAGUUCUCACUGCUACCAAGCCAACUUCUGAGGAACCAUCUCUCCCAAGUGCGACUAAUCCAUCUCCUACUGAAACAACUCUUACGGAGCCAACGAAUGCUACUUCGGGAUCUCCGCCCUCAAGGAAUCCAGCUGCAGAUUUAUCCGGUUAUUCAAAACUGGGGUAUGCAAAAAAUGGAGGCGAAAUUUCACGGUUUCCGAUUUGCAGAUUGACGUCGACCAGAGCUUUUAAGCAAUCAAUUCCACCUGCUACUUCUACACAGCCAAAAAUUUCGAGCAACAUUUGGGAGCAGAGGGCUCAAGAGCGUAAAGAGAAACUUGUUGCUGAGAGACAACUGCAGCAACAGCCCCCACCAGCGGCACCACUCACUCCGAGGACAGAUGUGAAGAUCCCGAAUAACAAUAGAGUAGUCGAAAAAUUAAGAACUACAAAAUCACAAGGGCCACCACCAAACAUCCUUGUGGCCAAGCCCUCUUCUCAAGAGAAAGAACAAAAUAAGAAAGAGACUCCAAAGCCUGCCGAAAAUGGGGGAUGGAUCACUUUCGCUAAUAAAAAAGGGAAAAACAUCGGAUUAUUCUCGCCUGAGUUGGAGAGAACAGAUAAUACAGUAAUAAUUUCUCGGAGCCAACUGGAUGAUCUUUCUAAUCGUCCAACAGAUUCGCCACAAUCAAACUGCACACCAAAAUUAACUACUUCCAGGAGUUCUGAACCAGUAAAAACAGAAAUAUGUGAAAAAGCGGCUUCAACUAAUGAAGUUACUAAACUUGAAGAUGAAGACAUUAAAGCAGAAAAAAGAGCCAAACGUCGUCAGAGAAAGCAAGAUAAAAUUAAACAAAAUAAGGAGGAAGAGAAAAAAGUCAAAGAGCUGAAACGUAUCGAAUAUGAAACAAAUCUUCAAAAGCAGAAAAAAGAAAAAGAAGACCGUCACGAAAGAGAGUUCAAGCAAAAACAAUUGGAAAUGAAAAAAAUUCGACAAGAACGAGAAAGGAUGGAACAUCGGAAAAGCAUGGAUCGUAUGGAUCGGAACAACGCGGGAAAUAAUGAGCGUGUGAAAAUGAUACUGGCCACCAAAGAACGGCUCGAGCAACAUCUUCAAGAGAAAAAUGUAGCUUAUCGAGUCAUCAGCUCAAAGAUUUACAUCGAUUUGCGUUUGACUGAACUGAUUGUUGCAAACCAGCAACACAUCAACAAAACCAAGUUUGAAAUGUUGGAAAAGUUUCAAAAGCGCAUAUCAGCUUCGGAAAUAACUGAUUUGUUUCUUGCAUUCACUAGUCACACGCUUGAAGAAAAAGAGAGCAAGUUCCAAUUAAAAGAGCUUUUGGACUAUAUGACAAGUUCAAGUUUUCGUGGAAGUAAGUAUCAGUUUAAUAUUAUAAUUAAUCAUCUUACAGAGCCAAUAUCCCCAGAACAUGAAGUCAUACAAAAAGCGUUUGACGCGUUUCAAAAAACGAAAAAGCUGAAUACUUCAGAUGCCAUGGAGAUAUCAUCAAAGUUUUUCACGAAAAUCCUGAAAGAAUUCUCAGAGAUGGGUGAUAAACGAACCCCGCAGAUUAUACAAUGCGAAAAGACUCUGUCCGAAUACAAACAUCAUUUUGAUGAAGUAUUCACAUUCAUUGGUAUCACUUCCUAUCUACGCACACGGACUGAGACAGAGUUCUUCUUAUGUGAGGAGGACUCGUUGAUGGUCGCCACUGAGCCAAUGGAAAACUGUGAGUCUCAGAAGUGUUGUGUCAAAGAGGAGCCGGAAAUUGUGUUGGAUGAGUGCGAUGAAGAUUAUGAACAACCCGAGGUACAGGACAUGUCUUGUCAGACAGACGGAGAACCCUACGAUUUGAGAGCAGCCUCGUUUUUGCCACGGGACGAUUGA